AUGCAAGCUCAGACUAGACCAACUCGAAAACCCGCAUACUCAGCUACGGCAACAGGUUCUGCAGAGCAGUGCUUCAGCUACUCAACGAGAGAAUCGCCAUUGACUAGUCACUCAGUUUCCACCCUUGCUAAGGAUGCCUCUCAGGAUAGAUUGUCAUUCACCCCGUUUUCUCAGCAUUCCUGGUUAGAUGAAAGCAAGCCACAGGCCGCAAAAGGUGCACAUGAUUGUCGAGCCGCGCGCCAACCUGUGGAGGCUGAGGAGGUUGCGCCCCCGUCUGACCACACGCAGUCUAAAAGGGCUUUUUCCGUCACGAGCUACGGAGGCAAUGACAACUCUACGAGCUUUUUACCGAGGAACUUUCACAUCCCCUCUUCGACUAGAACACUUUUUCAAGACCAUACGCUAAGCGAAGCGAAGUACGCGACUCAAUUCCCGGAGGAAAAUCUUCCACCAGACGCAAACUGUAGCCCUUCUUGUCAGGGAAAAACAACCACUGAAGAGACCCGGAGACCAGAGAGACAACGCGUUAAACUUGGUGGCAUGUCACUUCUUUCAUCUAUGUUUGGCUAUCCGAUCCUCGAACCUACCAAAAUCCAUACUGUCAACCUCACAGCUCGCAGCCUGGAAAACAGCUUUUGUUUUGGCUCACUACGGUCUAAAAUGCUCCAAGACCAGCUAGAAGCAAGUCGCUUUUUAUCAAGAGAUUUUUCGAAAGCGCACUCUUUGGUGCAGCAAGGCCAAACCAUCUGCAUGCUCACGUUCGGGUCGAUUCAAUUCAAUACCCUUCCUAGCCUCGACGAACUCAAGCAGGCCUUGCGAGAUUUAGACGCGAGCAUUCUGGAAUGCAAUUUCAAGCUAACAAACGAACAACAGUGCUCGGCAAUUUGGACCAGAUUAGAAGCGGUCCAAGACCAAGCAAUUUCUGUGGUGGAUUCCUUACUUGAAUUCGGCAAACAUCUAUCAAAACUUCAUUCAUGGGUGUGUGAACGCCUAGUCCCAGCCUGUAUUCGAUUUUACUCGAUGGUCCAGGACGUGGAUCGCGAUCAAGCGGGGAAAGUGAAAGAGAACAUCCCAGGUGCCACGGAGUCGGGCUCAGCCUUGCUGCUUCUCAACGAUGUCGUCGGAAAAAUAACCACCGCCCAACUCUUGGUCACUUUCUACCACAGCUGUAUAUCGUCGUUUCUGUUAUCUCUUGAAGAAUUUCUCAACGCUAUACCAGAGGGCGAAAUGUCGAUGGAAGAGCUCGUCACUUGGAGUCGGUUGUGCAGCUUCUCAGUGGGCGAUGUCCGCAAUGGACUUACCUCGUUCCGAAAUAUAUCCGAAAAAAUUGCUUCCGAGAUGAUGACACCGAGUCAGCCGCAAAUCAAUUAA